AUGGGGCGGAGGAGGAAGAGGACGGGGAAGACGAGAAGAAGGCGGAAGCGGCUGGGGCAAUACUCCUCCGCGCAGAGCAUACUGCUCGUCGGCGACGGCAACUUCUCCUUUUCGCUGGCGCUGGCCACCGCGUUCGGCUCCGGCGGCAACCUCGUCGCCACGUCGCUCGACACCUACGAGGCUCUGACGAAGAAGUACUCCAGAGCGGAGUCUAAUAUAAUGGAUUUGAAAAGAUUGGGGGCCACUGUUUUGCAUGGCAUUGACGUGGAAACAAUGAAGUUUCACACUGACCUGAAAAAUAGACGAUUUGAUCGUAUUGUCUAUAACUUCCCUCAUGCUGGCUUCAAAGGAAAAGAGUAUGAGGUGCACAUGAUCAACUUGCACAAGAAGUUGGUGAAGGGAUAUUUCCGCAAUGCACAGUUCCUGCUUCGGCCUUUUGGUGAAAUCCAUGUUAGUCACAAGACAGGAGACCCGUACGACAAAUGGGGUCUUGAGCGCAUCGCUGCUAAGUUUUCUCUUAUUCUGGUUGAGAAAGUUGGUUUCCAAAAAGCAGACUAUCCCGGUUAUAACCAAAAGAAAGGAGACGGUCCAAAGUGUGACAAACCUUUCCCACUAGGUACCUGUUUCACAUUCAAGUUCAGAAUUGGAGAUUUGGAGAAGUGGAAGAAACAGAAUGGAAAAGGGCUCAGCAUGCCAGGGCCAUCACUUAAUGCUUUAGGUGCUCCAGUUGGUAUUCCUCCACUGCUGGGCGGAAUCACAAGCACCACUCUCCUCACUCCUCAGGGGCAUCCAUGGUAUGAACAGAGAAUCAUUGCCGAACCGCUAGGAGGAACAACUGACUACUUUUCCCGGGAAUACCAAGGGAGCCUGCAGAGGGAAUAUGAGAUGUUGAGGCAGGUGAUGUCUGGAGGAACCAGCUUGAGCUACUCUGUCUUCUUGGGAAAUCGCUUCUGGGAGUCUGUUCAGAUGCAGGAGCACCAGCGCUGGAUGAUCGCAUACAGUUGUCAGUGAAGGACCUUCAUCGAAGGAUCAUCAUUGGGAUUUUGGAGAUCUAUGUGUAUCUGUGAAGCGGAUUGUUCUAGUAGAGGAACUUGACAUCCCCAGAUAUGCUAUGUUAGAUAUGACCACAAGUGUUUUGUGUAUAGGUAGGGCCAUUUUGUGUGGCGACCACUGGCCACGACGGCAAAGCAGCGAAAGGAACGCUGGUUCCAGUGUCUGUGUGAAGAUGUAACCCUGGGCAGCUAAGUCUGUUUUUGCUGUGGGGAUUGCCUUUAGGGACGCAGAUAAACUGUAGCAACCUCACUUUAGGGAGUUAAUCUGCUUAAGCUUCUGUGUACACUCGUUCUAUG